UGCAGCAUCAUCAUCAUCAUCACCACCAUCAUCCGUGGCUCCCCGCAAAGGACAGCGGGUGCUUGCAGGACGCUGAGCCGGCGGAGGGAGGGGUCCUGGCCUGGGCACGGAUCCCAAAGAGGCCCCGGGGCCGCCGCUGGAUGGAGACGGGCUGCGUUCAGACCGCAAUGGCUAUGGGUUUGACAUCGAAGAAGGCGUCUGCUCGCAGUGUCGGCGUGGAGAGAAAAAACCUCAUCACGGUCUGCAGAUUCUCUGUAAAGACUCUCCUAGAAAAGUACACAGCAGAGCCCAUAGAUGACUCAUCUGAGGAGUUUAUUAACUUCGCCUCCAUUUUAGAGCACAUCCUCAGCCACCGCUUCAAAGGUAACACAACAGGUUCAGGAAGCUGGUUCAGCUCAGACGGACAACGCAGUUUCUGGGAAUAUAUCCGGCUGGCGUGCAGCAAGGUGCAGAAUAACUGCAUCGCCAGCAUAGAAAACAUAGAGAACAUCAGCACAUCACGAGCCAAGGGCCGAGCAUGGAUUCGAGUGGCGCUGAUGGAGAAACGUCUGUCUGAAUAUGUGUCCACUGCCCUGAGGGACACCAGAACGACCAGACGGUUUUAUGAUGAUGGAGCCAUUAUGCUGAGAGAGGAGGCCACAGUCCUGACCGGCAUGCUGAUCGGACUGAGCGCCAUUGAUUUCAGUUUUUGCUUGAAGGGGGAGACUCUGGAUGGGAAAUCCCCAGCUGUGGUUGACUACACACCCUACCUGAAGUUCACCCAGAGCUACGACUACCUGAGUGACGAGGACGACCGGCGCAGCGUGGACAGCAGUAACAGUGAGGAGAGCGUCCCCGAGCAUCCCUACAUCCCCCUGGUGACCGACGAGGAGAGCUGGAGCAACAAGUGUCGCAAGAUGGAGCAGAGGUUUAAGAUCGUCUACGCCCAGAAGGGUUACCUGGAGGAGCUGGUGCGCCUGCGCGAGUCACAGCUGAAGAACGUGGAGACGGAGAACAAGUGUCUGAGAGCUAAGGUGGAGGAGCUGACGGCCCAGAGUCAACUGGAGAAGAAGGAGCUGGAGGCCAUCGUGCUGGAGCUGCAAGCACAACUCACUUCCCUCAUGCCAUGCGAUUCCUCUCAUCUGGCUAAAGACCUUUCCAUCCCGCUUGUCAACCAGUGGUCGACCAUCACAAACAACCAAGGCGAUGUCAAGCUCUUCCGCAGGAGGAGUUUCCACAGUUUCGAGCUACUUUCUGCUGAAGUCAGUCUGAACUCUGACUCCCAGAGGACUGAUGGGAGACAGAACGGAGAUGCUGCCUGGACUUCAGGAGGGAAAGACAACACCCCUUCCAUGCUGGGUCUUUGUGGCUCUCUGGCUUCUUUACCGAGCUCCAAGUCCCUAGCUAGCCUCAAGUCCAGCGAGUGUUUGAUCAACAUCAGCGCUGAACCCAGCCCUGCGCUCUCUCCCAGCUAGGAGCCCCAGACUAACAACAACUGAGAUUUAACCCCCAGCCUGUCUGCCUGGUGAUGCUGCGUUGACCGUGUCCAAACCCUGAUCCCACCAACAUCAACAGAUCUGUGAGAAUACGGGCGGGAAAGUCACGACUCCCAUCUCUGGAUUUUUGUACAUGUGAGAGUGAAGCCAUUACGAAGCUGGAAGGGUCCAUGCCUUCUCCUCACCUUACCCCCCCUCCGCUCGUCUCUUCGAUCACACUCUCCCCACCUCCAUUUUGUACUAUCUGUGAAUCCCCUCGUUCCAAAAGAUCAUGCAGUGAAUCUUCCUGUCAGACCCUUUUUUUCCCAAAGCAUCCAUUUAUCUCCUGAAUUUAUCUCCCAUCUUGCUCCUUUUUGAAUGUCAGUAUAGUGUGUGUUGGUGUGUGCGCCCCUCGCCUUUGGCCUGUUUGUUUCAUUUCAUUUCACUUUUUUGGGGUCAAAAUGUAACCGAAACAGCACUUGCAGCUUUUUUGGAGGCAGUCACUUGAAAAGAGAGAUGUGAUGAUCAUUUUAGUAGAUCAAAGAGUAUCCAUAUACAGUAGAGGGCAGGGUUUUUAAACAGAAGUACUGUAUGAUUUAUGAGUGUGAAUGAAUGGUAUCUGGGGUCUGUCACCCCUGAAAUGAAUCAUGCUUCAAACUCCACAAACUGUGUCAGUCUGUGCAGCUAUUAUUACUGUAUUGAUUCUAUCAAAUCUUAAGCUACCAAAUCUCUCUUUUCAUUUAUAUCAUUUUAUCCAAUAGAGCAGUAUGUUCUUUCUACACAUAUACUUGGAGUUAUUUUUGUUUUUUGUGUUGCAAUAAACUGCCUUUUUCCAU